AUUAAACUCACCCUCUUUGAGUUCUAAAGAGAGAGAGAAAUUGACCAUGCAGCCAAAUUAUGAUAGCUCAAGUCUUAACAACAUGCAACAACAAGACUACUUCCACUUGAACUACUACAACAACUUAAACCCUUCAACCAAUAACAACAAUCUCAAUCUCCUCCAAUACCCUCAAAUUCAAGAACUCAACCUACAAUCUCCGGUAAGCAACAACUCUACAACUUCCGAUGACGCAACUGAAGGAAUCUUUGUCAUCAAUGAGAGGAAGCAACGACGUAUGGUAUCUAACAGAGAAUCAGCAAGAAGAUCAAGAAUGAGAAAGCAAAGACACUUAGAUGAGCUUCUCUCACAGGUUGCUUGGCUUCGAAGCGAGAACCACCAGCUUCUAGAUAAGCUUAACCAAGUCUCCGACAACAAUGAUCAUGUUCUUCAAGAGAACUUGAGCCUUAAAGAGGAAAACUUGGAGCUUCGUCAAGUUAUCACAUCCAUGAAGAAGCUUGGAGGAGGGAUUAAUGACAAAUAUUCUUCUUCCAUGGAUGAAUUGGAUCAAGACUUCUCUUCUAUUACAGAUGAUCCAAGAACUCAUCAUCCAUCAUGAGUACUUGUCCUGAUCGAGAAAAACAUUACUUCAAGUUUCUGCCUCUAAUCUAUCUAUUUUCUUUCUUUGGUAUCACUUUUUUAACGGUUUAACUACGUACCAAAGUUUGGGUUUUAUUUGUUUUACUGUUGUUUUUGUCAGAUUUCUUCAAUCUGUUUUAUUUGUAUGAACAGAAAAGAUGAUAAUUAAAUGAUGGAUAUUUGU